AUGGCUGUGGAACAAGUCGAAGGAGUCAGUCUUUCGCUGUUCAAAAUACCUUUUCCUGCUCGAGACGACGGAGACGAAACCGUAAAGUUGAAGUCUGAUGCUCGGAAAGAAUGGCUAAGAGUAAUUCUAAGGACACGAGAAAACACGCCAGAGUUGAAAAAAAGAAUAAAUGAAAAUAAUAUAUUCUUAUGUGAGCUGCAUUUCAAACCCGAGUUGAUUUAUCAACGUAAGUAUCUCUUUAUUUUCUUUGUUUUUGCGCAAAUAUAUGGUAAUUAGACACUUGUCUACAUACAUACAUAAACAUUGAUCAUGGGUAAUGGCGUGCAACAAAUUUAUGUUUAUUUCGUUUGUAGAUGCCAAAAGAAAAACUUUGGAAACGGGUGCUGUUCCCACACAAAAUUUGCCGUCGAAAAGCCACGACUCGAAGCCAAGUAGCCGACGCUCUCUAGUACGAGAAAUUUCUGGCGAGACUCCUUCGACAUCUGCUUUGCCGCCUGUUGAUAUCGAAGGUAAAUCUGUAAAUGUUGUCAACGAAAGUUUUGAAGAGCUUGUUCCACGGGUGAAAGAAAGUAUAGCACUUCCAUGGGUUAUGAAAAAGUGCAACGACCUUGAAAUAAGGACGGAACUUUGGGACAAUAACUAUUCGCUACCGAAGUUUGUUUUACACGUCGAUAAAUGUUUGCAAUUUUCCUUGCAUAUUUUUAACUGGCUACUGCCCGACGAACACAGUAUCUACACUGCUCAUCGACGUCGAAUCACCUCUGCUGGAGUUGUUGAACUCUUGCAAUCUCUUCAAGACGAUGACUUCUUGAUAUGCGAAGGACUACACCAACACGCUGAAUACCUCACCACCAUUGCAAAAGAUCCUGAUGACCAAUCCCAUCCACUCCACCCAUCUGAUGUUGUACGGCAUUCUAUCCCAAAGAGUGUAGAAAUGGAUACAAAUUUUGGGGGUUUAGCUGUUUUUCGCUGUGUUACUUGUCAGGUUUUAGUUCGCAGACAAGACCAAGGUGACGUUAUCUGUGAACCAUGCAAACAACUACAAAGGAAAAUUGUAGCACAGCAAAAUCGCAGUACACGCCAAUCGAGUGCCCCUGCUAAGGAUAAAGCUCCCCUUACUCGUUGCAGUGCGGACAAGCUAAGAGGUUCAACAGUAGUGGAAAGUCGCGUAAAGUGUUCUUUGCUCGAAGCGAAAGUGAAAAGCCUCCAAGUUCAAAUAAAAAAGGAUUCAAUCACAGUUAGUGAGACCCUUGAAAAGGAUGUGUUGACAAUCAUGGGUGGACAUAACUUAGAAAGCACACCACACAUGAAGUUCUUUUGGGAACAACAAGUCCGCCUGCGGCAAGCCAAUAAAUUUGGACGGAGAUUUCAUCCUCAAGUAAUUAGAUUUGCAUUGUCCAUUCAUUGCAAGUCUGCUUCUGCCUAUAGAGAGCUGAGAGAUAGUGGUGCCCUCAUAUUGCCCAGUGAACGAGUUCUUCGGGACUACAGAAAUUAUUUCAAACCUGGAGCUGGCAUUACCAAAGAAAACGUUGAGGAGCUCAAAGAAAAAGCAUCGAAGUUUUCUGGGAUUCAUAAGUAUGUGGCAGUGAUCAUGGAUGAAAUGAAGAUCCAAGAGAACCUUGUGUUUGACAAGACGUCUGGUGAGCUGAUUGGCUUCAUAGAUCUUGGCGAUCCUUUAACCACCUUUGCCAAUACUGACGAAGAAACCCCAAUUGCAUCCCAUGCACUGGCAUUUUUGGUUAGGGGGCUUUGCACCAAUUUGAAGCAUGUAGUUGCCUACUACUUUACUGGCAAUGUUACAUCAUUUCAACUACUUCCUUUGUUUUGGAAAGUGGUUGGAGUGCUUGAAACCACAGUAAAGUUGUGGGUAAUUGCUGCUGUCAAUGAUGGUGCUUCCCCUAACCGGAAAUUCUUUGCACUCCAUGCCAAGCUUGGUGGCACACUACCCUGUGGUCUAGUGUACAAGACACCCAAUCUUUUCGUUCUGACUCGGAUGAUAUACUUCUUUGCUGAUGUACCUCAUCUUAUCAAAAUCACUCGAAAUAAUUGUCUCUACAAUUCAGGAUAUGGAUCACAUAGUCGGUAUGUAAAGUUUAAUAUAUUUGAAAAUGUUGUUCAUUAUUUGCAUGAAACUGGUCUGCUUUUAACUGUUUAUUUUAUGAUUGAGUUAGUUUUCUUUGGUGUAUCACAGGAUGUGUACUAUAUAUACUGUAUACUAGAGCAUAUUUGGAUAGAAAUUUCAGGAAAGAAUAAAAACAGUAAUGUAUUAUUGGGUGUUUUUUAUCAGCCAGAUUCCGAUCCUGCUAGAAAAGUCUUGUGGCUUGAAAAAUUUGAAACAAUCUUAGCAGCAGUACAUUCAAAAUGGGAUGGUAUUUUGGCAAUAGCUGGUGACAUGAAUAUUGAUUUAAAGAAUUCUUCAACAACCGCCGAUAAAUAUGAAGCAAUAUUGCGUUCAUUUAAUCUUAACCAGCAUAUUAAAGACCCUACUUGUAAGGGCAAAUGGUUAAUUGAUCAUAUCAUAACUAACAUUCCACAUAACGUUGUAGCAACUGGUGUUCUACCUACACCUGAAGUCAGCGACCAUGACAUGCCAUAUGUUAUUGUCAAUGCAAGACUAAGUAGAUUUGAAACCAGAUUUAAAUAUAUACGAACAGUGAAAUCGUUUUGUUCUGAAGAGUAUUUGCGGGAUAUUAGCGAAUUACCAUUUUCGCUGGUAUAUGCAGUAGAUGAUCCAGACGAAAAGAUCACUAUACUAAAUUAA